GUCAUAACACCAGCUCUGACGUCACAUGCUAGCAGCUGUCGGCUGGUCACUGCUGUCUUUCCUCGAACAAAGUUAAAAAUAGUCGUCAAACCGAGAAUCAUCAGCCAUGUCUCUAACUAACGGACACCACGUGAGCAAAGAAACAUGGGAUUCCCACAACAAGAUGAUGCUGGAGCCUCUCUCAGUCAGCGAUGCUGAGGUGUUUAGCAUCAUAAAAAAAGAGAAGCACAGGCAGACGUAUGGGUUGGAGCUGAUUGCGUCUGAAAACUUUGCCAGCAGAGCCGUCCUGGAGGCUCUUGGCUCCUGCAUGAAUAAUAAAUACUCAGAGGGAUAUCCUGGUCAGAGGUAUUAUGGAGGUACAGAACACGUCGAUGAACUGGAGAGACUCUGCCAGCAGAGGGCGCUGCAGGCUUAUGGGCUUGACUCAGAGAAAUGGGGAGUCAAUGUGCAGCCGUACUCAGGCUCACCUGCAAACUUUGCGGUGUACACGGCCGUGGUGGAGCCUCACGGCAGGAUCAUGGGACUGGACUUGCCUGACGGAGGUCACCUGACACACGGCUUCAUGACAGAGAAGAAGAAAAUCUCAGCAACAUCCAUUUUCUUUGAGUCCAUGCCGUAUAAGGUGAAUCCAGAAACCGGCUACAUCGACUACGACAGACUGCAAGAAAACGCUCGACUGUUUCACCCCAAACUCAUCAUCGCAGGGACGAGCUGUUACUCCAGAAACCUGGACUAUGCUCGUCUGAAGCAGAUCGCCGUUGAGAACGGAGCGUACCUGAUGGGAGACAUGGCUCACAUCAGCGGGCUGGUGGCUGCAGGUGUCGUACCUUCACCUUUUGAGUACUGUGACAUCGUUUCCACGACGACACACAAAACCCUGCGAGGCUGCCGUGCCGGACUCAUCUUCUACAGGAAAGGUGUGCGUAGCGUGGAUGCUAAAGGUAAAGAGAUGCUUUAUAACCUGGAGUCGCUCAUAAACCAGGCGGUGUUUCCAGGGCUGCAGGGCGGACCACAUAAUCACGCCAUAGCAGGUGUGGCGGUGGCUCUGAAACAGGCCAUGACUCCAGAGUUCAGAGCGUACCAGAUGCAGGUUCUGUCAAACUGUAAAGCUCUGUCCAACACUCUGAUGGACCUGGACUACAAGAUCGUCACCGGCGGCUCUGACAACCACCUGAUCCUCCUUGACCUGCGCAGCAAAGGAACCGACGGAGGACGAGCCGAGAAGGUUCUGGAAGCCUGCGCCAUCGCCUGUAACAAGAACACCUGUCCAGGAGAUAAGAGUGCUCUGCGCCCGAGUGGUCUGAGGUUUGGCUCUCCAGCUUUGACCUCCAGAGGUUUGGUGGAGGACGACUUUAAGAAGGUGGCAGAGUUCAUUCACAGAGGUAUUGUUCUGACCCUGGAGGUUCAGAGGAGUUUGGAACCGAAGGCGACGCUGAAGGAGUUUGUGGCAGCUCUCACUCAGGGAGAAAAGUUUCAGCAGCGAGUGGUGGAGAUCAGGGCAGAGGUGGAGGCGUUCGCCGGUCAGUUCCCGAUGCCGGGUCUCCCUGAGCUGUAGACGGUUCCCUUCAGGCUCUGCUGGAUCUCUGAUUCUUAAUUCUGAUGCUUACAAUUAUGAUGAGGUUUGGUGCUGUUAGGUCUGAGUAUUUCUGAUAAAACUGUCCGAAACAGCAUGUGGAGCGAGUGAGCAUCAGCGACAAAAUAAGCUUUAUCAGUGUCCUUUUAUAGCGUCCUAACAGCAUACAAGUGAUUUGAUGCCUCAUUUUUAUCCUGCUGCUCUGUUUCUAUUUUUUAGAGGAACAAAGGUUAACUGACAGGGUGAUUGGAGCUUCCUACAGGGAUGUUUCCUUGAUAUUCACUUUUCUCACUCUGUAGAGCUUGUUGGUUUGUUUUAUAAGUGAGAUAGUCAUUUCCAUAUCUGUUAGAAACAUUUUGCUCUGACUUUUGCUGACACAGGAGCAAAACUAUUUGCUUCACUGUUGUCGAAGGCAAACAAGAAAACAAAUCGUUCUUCUGUUUUUCUGGAAAAUAUUUCUAUAUGAAAUAAUUGUGCAAGAUGUCGUACUUUUAGAAGGUAAAACUGAAAUUAACAGAGCAGAGGAUUCAGUAUUUAAUGGAUCUAGUGCGGACAGCAAACAUCCGAUACUGCAAAAUGGGACGUGAUAUGCUGCUUGCAUGCUGUUAGAACACUGUCUUAAAAGGAUAUUUCAGUAUUUUUGAUGUUGGGCUGGAUGAGGCCAUAUGAGAUGGCAUUAGCCUCCAGGGAUUUUAGUGAGCAUUGCUCCUUUAAGAAGGACUCACUGGUUGUACCAGCAUACGUUUGAGCCAACAUUGUUUUAUGACCAAUUUUUACUCAAAACUCACUAAAUUCCAAGGAGAAACUGUACCCAUCUAUUCUGCUGUAUAGCCUAGCUUCCUGGCCGGUAGCAAUGCUCUCUGAAAUCAAUGGUGGCUAAUGCCACUCUGCACUUCAUAUGACUCAACUUCAAAAAUAGUGAAAUAUCCCUUUAAUCCUGUUAUCACAGAAAACAGUUUCAUCUUUGAACAGAUUUGAUUGAAUGUUAGAAUCUGCUUUAAAUUUUCUGAAAUGGUUUGGUGAUUUUUUGUCUGUUUUUUAUUGGAUAUUUCUUUGAUUUCAGAUCCUGUGAUCACAUUUGAGCUUUAAUGCUGUCAAAAUUUUUUUUUUUUUCAAAGUCAAAGAUGCAUUCUCUACCAUAUUGGAUAAAUAUUCAGGUAAAAAUGUGGGUUAGUUUUAUAUUUAAUUCAAGUCGAAGUCAUCCUGAUGAAAUCAUUCCUGUUGUCAGGCUUUUAUCGAGUUCACACAGCCUCAAAGCAAAACUUCAUCAAUUUCUGGUUGAAAACAGGACUUAGCAUUAUGUUUACUUUAAAAUAAAAGUCUUCACCAAAAGGUUUGAACUUUAAGACACACCUGUUGUAAAAUGAAUUGUUGUCUUUAUUGUUGUUUAUUCUGGUUUGAUUCUGUGAAUUCAUGACUACUGAUUAAAAUAAAAUCAUCAAA